GAUAAACUCUUGUCCCAACAACUGCUCGGGCCACGGCAGAUGCAGCACGACCAACUCCGUCUCGGGCCGCGUGUACUGCGAGUGUGAGGAGUACUGGAAAGGAGAGGCCUGCGACAUCCCGUACUGCAGAGAUAACUGUGGCAGCCCGGGCCGCGGCUACUGCGACCUGACCGGAGAGAAGCUCUGCGUCUGCAACGACAGCUGGCAAGGUCCAGACUGCUCCCUGUCCGUCCCCUCCACUGAGGCCUUCUGGGUGCUGCCCAGCGUCAAACCGUCAGCUCAGUCUCUGGGUCGGGCGUCCCAUCAGGCUCUGGUGCACUCUGGGCUGAUGUGGGUGGUGGGAGGCUACUCCUUCAACUACUCCAACUACCACAUGGUGCUCAA